AUGGCUGAUCCAGAAGAUGCCUGUGAUCCAAAUAAACUCCUUCAGUGUCCAUACGACAAGAACCAUCAGAUCCGUGCCUGCCGCUUUCCAUACCAUCUGAUCAAGUGCAGCAAGAACCACCCUAAACUGGCCAGUGAAUUAAAAACGUGCCCUUUCAACGCCCGCCACCUGAUGCCCAAGCAUGAGCUUUCACACCACAUUGCUAACUGUGUUGACAGAAUAUCUGUGAAUGCAGAAGACUUGGGCAGCGCUGAGGUGCAGACCAAAUGGCAGGUACCUGUUAGCACGUGGACAAACACCAACUGUGAUGAGGACUGGGAUAAAGAGGCUGAUAUUUCUUCAGUGCCUUUCGUAUGGGGAGUGUCCACAAACCUGAUCAGUCAGAACAGGCCUGAGCCAUGCACUACAAACAAUCUUACUCCUGGACUUCGAGCUCCAAGAACUCUGCCCUGGAAAAUGUGACUGACAAUAAGGGCAGAAUGUUGAAGUCAAGAGGCUAUCUUGCAGUUAAGGUUUAUAUCAUAGAUGCAUGCUUUAUUAUCUCACUUUUACUUGACUAUGGGCACAUUUGAGAAAUCCCAUUGACUAUUUUGUUUGACUAUAAAUGCAUGCUUUGUAACUUAACCUUAGACAUGGUGAUUGGGGUUUGUGUGUUCCCCUCCUUUGUUAUUAAGGCUUUUUGCAAAAGUGUUUCCCUAUACUAACUCUGUAUGUAGGCUGUUAAUGUACUGUAUGUUCCUGAUGCCCUACUGCAGAGAUGAAUAUAUUCUCACUGUAUUGCACAUAUUAGAUGCGGUGGGGGAAGGGAGUAUUUAGUCAGCCACCAGUUGUGCAGGUUCUCCCACUUGGAAAGAUGAGAGAGGCCUGUAGUUUUCAUCAUAGGUGCACGUCAGCUAUGACAGACAAAUUGAGAGGGAAGAUCCAGAAAAUCACAUUGUAGGUUUUUUAAUGAAUUUAUUUGCAAAUUAUGGUGGAAAAUAAGUAUUUGGUCAAUAACAAAAGUUUCUCAAUACUUUGUUAUAUACCCUUUGUUGGCAAUGACACAGGUCAAACGUUUUCUGUAAGUCUUCACAAGGUUUUCACACACUGUUGCUGGUAUUUUGGCCCAUUCCUCCAUGCAGAUCUCCUCUAGAGCAGUGAUGUUUUGGGGCUGUCGCUGGACAACACAGACUUUCAACUCCCUCCAAAGAUUUUCUAUGGGGUUGAGAUCUGGAGACUGGCUAGGCCACUCCAGGACCUUGAAAUGCUUCUUACGAAGCCACUCCUUCGUUGCCCGGGCGGUGUGUUUGGGAUCAUUGUCAUGCUGAAAGACCCAGCCACGUUUCAUCUUCAAUGCCCUUGCUGAUGGAAGGAGGUUUUCACUCAAAAUCUCACGAUACAUGGCCCCAUUCAUUCUUUCCUUUACACGGAUCAGUCGUCCUGGUCCCUUUGCAGAAAAACAGCCCCAAAGCAUGAUGUUUCCACCCCCAUGCUUCACAGUAGGUAUGGCUGUAAGUCGCUCUGGAUAAGAGCGUCUGCUAAAUGACUAAAAUGUAAAUGUAAAUGUACCCGUGCUGCAGCAUUCUGUAUGUUUUGCAGUUGACCAAUGCCUUUCUUGGGUAGACCAGACAGGAGAGCAUUACAGUAGUCAAGCCUGCUUGUAAUAAAAGCAUGGAUGAGUCUCUCUGUAUCAGCCUGAGAGAGAAACGGACGCACCUUGGCAAUAUUCCUCAGGUGGUAAAAAGCUAUUUUGGUCACAUUCGUGAUGCGUGAUUCAAAAUGUAGUUCAGAAUCUAAAAUAACACCUGGGUUUUUACCUGGACUUUUAUCUUUAUUGCCUGUUGUGGAAAAUUAGAUCCAAAAAUUAAGGCAGAGACUAUUUCAUGAUAAUAGAAACAUCUGUAAUAGUUGUCAUGGUUCCAUGUCCCUUAUAUAGUGGGAGGUAAUAAUACAAUCAUAUUGUUACACAACAGUUCUUUAUACAAGCAACAGUUCCUUGUGUUAGGGUGCAGACGUACCAGGAGUCUAUGAAAGGCAUAACAUCACAGUCCAACACAGAACAUAUCCUUUGAAGUUACAACAGCCCAAAUUCUGCCACCACACCGUGAAUUCAAAUGUGCGGCAAGAUUCUCUCUCUGUGCUUUGGCUCAAACAAUAAGUACCUUGGUCUUGUCUUGAUUUAGCUGGAGGAAGUUGUGAGCCAUCCAAGUAUUUAAAUCACUAAUACAGUCUACAUUUGUGUCACCAGAGGAUUUUAGCUCCAGAUAAAUUAAAGUUGUGUAUCGUCUGCGUAGCAGUGAAAAUCAACGCUGUGCUUUCUGAUAAUGCUGCCAAGGGGUAACAUAUAUAAACUGAACAGUACCGGACCCAAAAUCUAACCUUGUGGAACACCACAUGUGAUAUGUAUUCUCUCUGAGUUAUGUUCACCAAGGGUGACAAAACUUUCAACCAGUUAAAUAGGUCCUAAACCAAUUUAGAACUGGACCGGAGAGGUCAACCACCUCACCAGUCUGUCCAGAAGGACAUCGUGGUCAACAGAGGCCAACCCACCUCUCCAGUCUGUCCAGAAGGACAUCAUGGUCAACCCACCUCUCCAGUCUGUCCAGAAGGACAUCAUGGUCAACAGAGGCCAACCACCUCUCCAGUCUGUCCAGAAGGACAUCAUGGUCAACAGAGGCCAACCCACCUCUCCAGUCUGUCCAGAAGGACAUCAUGGUCAACAGAGGCCAACCACCUCUCCAGUCUGUCCAGAAGGACAUCAUGGUCAACAGAGGCCAACCACCUCUCCAGUCUGUCCAGAAGGACACCAUGGUCAACAGAGGUCCAACCCACCUCUCCAGUCUGUCCAGAAGGACAUCAUGGUCAACAGAGGCCAACCCACCUCUCCUGUCUGUCCAGAAGGACAUCAUGGUCAACAGAGGCCAACCCACCUCUCCUGUCUGUCCAGAAGGACAUCGUGGUCAACAGAGGCCAACCACCUCUCCAGUCUGUCCAGAAGGACAUCGUGGUCAACAGAGGCCAACCACCUCUCCAUUCUGUCCAGAAGGACAUCAUGGUCAACAGAGGCCAACCACCUCUCCAGUCUGUCCAGAAGGACAUCAUGGACAACAGUGUCUAAUGCAGCACUUAAAUCUAAGAGUACAAGGACAGAGAGCUGUUUGGCUCUAAGAUCAUUUACCACUUUAGCUAAGGCUGUCUUUAACUAGGGCUGUCUUUAACUAGGGCUGUCCUUAACUAGGGCUGUCUUUAACUAGGGCUGUCUUUAACUAGGGCUGUCCUUUAAACUAAGGCUGUCUUUAAACUAGGGCUGUCUUUAGCUAAGGGCUGUCUUAGCUAAGGCUGUCUAACUAAGGCUGUCUUUAACUAGGGCUGUCUUUAACUAGGGCUGUCUUUAACUAGGGCUGUCUUUACUAGGGCUGUCUUUAACUAGGGUUGUCUUUUAACUAGGGCUGUCUUUAACUAGGGCUGUCUUAACUAGGCUGUCUUUAACUAGGGCUGUCUUUAACUAGGGCUGUCUUUAACUAGGGCUGUCUUUAACUAGGGCUGUCUUUAACUAGGGCUGUCUUUAACUAGGGCUGUCUUUAACUAGGGCUGUCUUUAACUAGGGCUGUCUUUAACUAGGGCUGUCUUUAACUAGGGCUGUCUUUAACUAGGGCUGUCUUUAACUAAGGCUGUCUUUAACUAGGGCUGUCUCUGUGCUGUGGUGGGCACAAAAACCAGAUUGGAAUUGUUCAAAAAUACAGUUUGCACUUUAAAAAAAUAAUUUAGCUGUUUGAACUCCAAUUUCUCCAGAAUUUUGUUUAAGAAUGUAAGGUUGGCUGAAAAUUGCUGAGAGCUGAAGAAUCUAGAUUGCUUUUCUUCAGAAGGAGUUUCAUUAUAGCAGUUUUUAGUGCAGUGGGGAAAGUGUCUGUGAACGGGGAGUGAUUAACAAUAGCUUGCACUUCUUCAGAUAUGCAAUUAAAAACUGUUUUGAAGAAGGUGGUGGGGAUAGGAUCGAGCAGGCAGGUAGAAGGCUUAAGUUGUGAUAUCAGUUUCCUGAGCAUGUCUGUGUCAACCAGGGAAAAUAAAUCCAUAGUGCCUUUGCGUGGUAGGCUAGGGCACAUAUCAAACUUCUCAUCAGGUCUUGCUUGACUGAUGUCUGUUGGUUCUUAUCUCUGAAAAAUGCAGCAAACUCAUCAUAUUUAGAUGUGGAGGAAAGUUCUCAUAAGUUUGCGGAGGUAGGAUUUAUCAGGCCAUCAAUGGUUGAGAAGUGCACACUCGAAUUAUUCUGAUUUAAUAGUGAUCAAGUUAGAAAAAUUAGCCAUCUGGCGUUUCUAAAUGCCUUGUUAUAUAUGCCAAGUUGCUCUCUCAGAAUAUCAUAAUGGACCUGCAACUUUGACUUUCUCCAAUUUCUCUUUAAUUGAUUCGUUUCCUCAAUGGCUUGACAUUAACCAGGUUUCAACCUUUUUAUGCAGUAACCUACAUGUUGAAUAAGGAUGUUCACGACAUCAUGGGAAAGAAUGCAGUUUUAGGCUACAGAUGAAAUAAGUUAUGAUGAACUUCACAGGGUGGUGAGAGUGCACGGUGAUGAGCUUGACGCUCCUUUCCAAUAAAUAUUGAGGGUCUUAUUCUGGUGACAUUAUGAUCGACGCUUGGCUGCCAUUUGACAAAGACAAAUAUCACACUUUUGUCCAUAAUAAUCUCAUGUAGUAGGCUAUACCUGCAGUGUAUCUGCCAGCUGUUGGCUAGAGAGCACAUGCCAACACCAGAGUGGGCACACUGGGUUAGGGUUAGGGUUACCUACACAACAUAGGGUUAGGGGUUAGGGUUAGGGUUACCUACACAACAUAGGGUUAGGGGUUAGGGUUGGGGUUAGGGGUUAGGGGUUGGGGUUGGGGUUACCUACACAACAUUAGGGUUAGGGUUAGGGUUAGGGGUUAGGGGUUACCUACACAACAUUAGUGACAAAACCAUCAGUAGGGUUUAAAAUGAUGACCAUUUAAUUUGGAUUUAUUCGGUACAUCAGAAUUUAAAGGUAAUACAUUUGAAAAGUUAAAUGAUAAAUAUUUGGGCUAUAUUGAAGUGUUAGAUUCUAGGUGCUUGAGGAAUAGCCACUUGGAUUGGAGAGAGGCAGAGUGAGGCAGAAGCUUUCCUGAAUAACUGAGGGUACAUUGUUAUAGGAGCUUGAUGGUUCAAAUCAAAUCACAGGGGUUUCGUGACCUUAUUCAAAUUAUAUUUUCACUGCAGCCUGGAGUAGAAUUUUGUACUCACUUAAACAAUAAUGCAACUAUUCAUUGCAUUGUGGUCUUGUAGGCUGGUCUAGGGAGGAUCAUUGUGGUGUUGUAGGCUGGUCUAGGUAGGAUCAUUGUGGUGUUGUAGGCUGGUCUAGGUAGGAUCAUUGUGGUGUUGUAGUCUAGGUAGGAUCAUUGUGGUGUUGUAGGCUAGUCUAGGUAUGAUAGUUUUAUUGUCCCUAAACAAGAUCAAUAGGGGAGCUUUUUGAGCUGCGUGUCUCACUGUUCUUUCAUGAUUCACCUGGCCUCUCCGCUGCCUAUCACACCUGGCCUCUCAGCUGGCCUAUCUGCUGGCCUAUCACAGCUGGCCUAUCACAGCUGGCCUCUCCGCUGCCUAUCACACCUGGCCCUUUUACCUCCCUCCGCGGCCUACAUGGCCUCUCCGCGGGGCCACACCUGGGCCCAUCACCCGGCCUCUCAGCGGCCAUCACCUGGCCUUCUGCCCCUUGGCCCAUCGCUGGGCCCUUUCCCCUGCUUUUCCUGGCCUCUCCGCUGCCUAUCGCUGGCCCCCCCCAUUACUGCCUAAUUUGGGCCCUUUUUGGGCCAUCCCUGGCCCCUUUAGCUCCUAUCGCUGGCCAUCCGUGCCUUCACUGGUUUCCCCUUUGCUGGCCCCCUUUCCCCUGCCCAUCAGCUGCCUUGCUGCCAUCUCGGCCCAUCCGCUGGCCUCUCGCGCCUAUCCCCUGGCCUCUCCGCUGCCUUCCGUGCCCAUGCUGCCUCGCUGGGCCAUCCCGCUGCCCCAUCCGCUGCCAUCCUGUUGCCUUCCCCCAGCUUCCUAUCCGCUUUGGGUAACCGCCCCCCUCCAGGGUGGCCUUCCGCUGCCUAUCGCUGCCUAUCCGCUGCCUAUCAGCUGCCUAUCCUGCCUGCUGCCUAUCGCUGGCCUAUCAGCUGGCCUAUCCGCUGCCUAUCCACUGGCCUCUCCGCUGCCUAUCAGCUGGCCUCUCCGCUGCCUAUUAGCUGGCCUAUCCGCUGCCUAUCUGCUGGCCUAUCCGCUGGCCUCUCAGCUGCCUAUCCGCUGGCCUCUCCGCUGCCUAUCGCUGGCCUAUCAGCUGGCCUAUCGCUGGCCUAUCCGCUGCCUAUCAGCUGGCCUAUCCGCGCUUCCUUAUCGCUGGGCCCAUCCGCUGCCUAUCAGCUGCCUAUCCGCUGCCUAUCCCGCUGCCUAAUUCCGCUGCCUAUCCGCUGGCCUAUCAGCAGCUGGCCUAUCCGCUGCUAUCCGCUGCCUAUCAGCUGGCCUAUCCGCUGCCUAUCGCUGGGCCUACGCCGCUGCCUAUCAGCUGGCCCCAUCCGCUGCCUAUCAGCUGGCCUAUCAGCUGGCCCAUCAGCUGGCUAUCCGCUGGGCCCAUCGCUGCCUAUCCGCUGCCUAUCCGCUGCCUAUCGCUGCCUAUCGCUGGCCUAUCAGCUGCCUAUCCGCUGGCCCAUCAGCUGGCCUAUCCGCUGCUAUCAGCUGGCCGAUCCAUCCGCUGCCUAUCGCUGGCCUAUCGCUGCCUAUCACUGGGCCUAUCCGCUGCCUAUCACUGGCCUAUCAGCUGGCUAUCCGCUGCCUAUCCGCUGCCUAUCAGCUGCCUAUCAGCUGGCCUAUCCGCUGCCUAUCCGCUGCCUAUCCGCUGCCUAUCCGCUGCCUAUCAGCUGGCCUAUCCGCUGCCUAUCCGCUGCCUAUCCGCUGCCUAUCCGCUGCCUAUCAGCUGGCCUAUCCGCUGCCUAUCCGCUGCCUAUCCGCUGCCUAUCCGCUGCCUAUCCGCUGCCUAUCCGCUGCCUAUCCGCUGCCUAUUAG